GCUGAUUUCUCUGUAUGUAAAUCGAAUCUACGCUAGGACAUUUCCAGUUAAACGUAUAAGAGCUAUCUAACUGUGCAUCUAAAAGCUCAACUGAAGUUUUAAAUUUCUGCAGUGCUAAAAAUCUGAGGACCAAAGGAAAAGUUCACUGGGAUGCCAGAACCCUUUCUCGGGGUAGUGCCCUUAUUUUCUCCCACCCAUCCAUAGCUACACCUCUGACUCAGAAUGUCAAACUUUGAGCAAUUCGAUAUAGAUUUUUACCAGUCAAACUACACCACAGAUAACCAACAACAAGGUUAUCCUGAAUCUGGAGACACAGGACAAGUCUAUGGAAGCAAAAAAGGUUGGACAGGUGCCUUGCCACAAUCUGAUGCCUUGGCUGCCCCAGAAAUGCUUUCAUCUCAACAGUACUCAGGGCAGAUCUUUCAACCAGCAUAUGCUCCUGAGUUUUCAUCUAAUAUUGCUUAUUCUGAUAACUUUGAUGAAGAACCUCCUUUGCUAGAAGAGUUAGGGAUCAACUUUGAUCACAUUUGGCAAAAAACAUUAACUGUCCUAAACCCAAUGAAGCCAGCAGAUGGCAGCAUUAUGAAUGAGACGGAUUUAACAGGACCUAUGGUUUUCUGCUUGGCCCUAGGAGGAACACUGCUACUGGCAGGAAAAGUUCACUUCGGCUACGUUUAUGGCAUGAGUGCCAUUGGGUGCAUAGCAAUCCAUACUUUGCUGAACCUAAUGAGCAUAGCAAGUGUUUCCUAUGGGUGUGUAGCAAGUGUACUAGGUUAUUGCCUGCUACCCAUGGUGAUCCUAUCCAGCUAUGCAGUCUUUUUCUCUCUACAGGGAACUCUAGGAACAUUGCUAGCCCUGAUCAUUAUUGGAUGGUGCAGCCUCUCGGCCUCCAAAAUAUUCACUUCUGCUUUGGCAAUGGAAGGUCAGCAGUUUCUGGUAGCCUACCCUUGUGCUUUACUGUAUGGCCUUUUUGCUCUUAUGGCUGUUUUCUGAGCAUUAGCAUUCAGCCUUUCUAUGAAGCCUGCCAGCCUGUACAGUAUAUUUAACUGCAGAGUCAAAGCAAUCAUCAGAUCUUUCAAGAGAUGUUCCCACAGUUUGUGAUUACUUGGCUUGGAAUUCAUACUUGUUUGGUAUGUAAUUAUAAAUGUGUUGUAGAUUUAUUGGAAAUUUUAUGAAAUGCAUUUUAAUUUUAAAUGCUUUCUGUAUUGUAAAUGAAGCAUCAUUUUUCUCCAGAGGUUUGUAACCAGCUCAGAAGGUACUCUGCACAUGGGCAAUCAGUCACAUGUCCAAUUUAGAUGACUCAACAAGUAAGAAAAGCAAGCGAACCCUGGCAAGUUCUGCAGCAAAACAAACCAUUAAGCUUUUCACUUUGGUUUGUUUUUCUUGUCAUCCCAAAGUGAAACACUUUGCCCAUCUCUGAUUAUUUUAAUGGAUUGCUUUAAUUGUAAUGUUUUUAAUUAAUGUUUACAAGGGAGGGAGGGAAUAAUUGCGAUAUUGGAUAUUGUAUAGAUUCUUUUUAAAUUGUAAGCUGCCUCAACGGUCUUUCUCACAGAGAGGUGGGGUAAAAAUAAAGCUUUUCUUUUUAUUUUAUUUAAACAAGCAUUCAAGAAAAAUAAACCAAAAAUGAGCCUAGAUUCUUUUUCUGGAUUGUUGGAAGAGAAAUAAACUAGGGAAGAAAAAGUGGUCCUGUUCAGAUGACAUGAGAAGCAAAUCAGAGAACAAUGGUCAAUUCUGUAUUUAACUAUUUCAUUCAUAUAAUGGUACAGUAUUAAGUAUAGAAAGCAGAAAUGAUAUCAGUAUCAUCAUCAUCAUCUUUAUUAAUACACAUCCUUUCCCUCAGAUAGAGACUAUUCAAGGCAGAUUACAAAUUAAUACAGGUACAAAAUAGAAAGAUAAAAAUGGGAUUAAACAAUUAAAAAAUCCAUAAAACCAAUUUAAAAUGCUAAAAAGCAGUUUAAAGACAGUGCAAUUAAAAACAGUACAUAUGAUUAAAAGAUCUUUUAAAAAAAUUCAGUUCAACAGUUGGUUGCAAUAAAAAUGUCUUUGCCUGCCAAAGGAGGACAACAAGGACAGGGCCUCUCUACAAAAGGAGUUCUAGAGCCUAAAGGCUUCCCAGCUUGCUCAUUGCAGGGACGUAGCCAAGGGGGGGUUCGUGGGCUCUGGACCCCCCCCCCUUCCAUUAGAAAAACGAAUUGCACUCGCUGCUGCACCAC